CCGCUCGCCCGCAGUCGGCGACCUGACCUACUUAUUGACCGGUUUGUUUUGCCUCCAAAAUUUGAAAGAAAACCACCACCACCACUAUUUUCAUGCGCAAAUCUGAUCUAAAUACGCAAUGUCGGGACGAAAAAACGUACUAUGCUUGUUCGACGUGGACGGAACGCUCACAAAACCUCGGCAAAGUAUAUCGGAAGACCUGUUAUCAUUCCUCCUGGACAAAGUAAAGCCGCACGCGCGCGUGGGGUUGGUGAGUGGCUCAGAUUACUCGAAAAUCCUGGAGCAGAUGAAUGGAGAGCGUCAUAUGUCUCAGUUCGACUAUGUGUUUUGCGAAAAUGGCCUAAUGUACUUUAAAAAUGGCGAACUGCAAAGUAAACAAAGCAUUUUGAACCAUGUUGGUGAGCAAAAGUUGCAGAAACUGAUCAAUUUUGCAUUAGGAUACAUGUCUAAGAUAGAAUUGCCAGUUAAAAGAGGUAACUUUGUUGAGUUCCGGACGGGUUUGAUUAAUUUCUGUCCUGUGGGGCGGUCCUGCAGCCAGCAGGAGCGCGACCAGUUUGCUGCAUAUGAUGCAGAGCACAAGGUCAGGGAGCAAUUUGUGCAUGCAUUGCAGAGAGAAUUUGAUGAUUACAAUCUAACAUUUGCCAUGGGAGGGCAGAUAAGCAUAGACGUGUAUCCUAAUGGCUGGGAUAAGACCUACUGCCUCAACCAUGUGGCGAAUGCAGGCUUUGAUGAGAUCCACUUCUUCGGAGACAAGACUGACCCGGGCGGCAAUGACCAUGAGAUCUACUGCGAUGGCAGGACUAUUGGGCACAAAGUUACUUCUCCUGAGGAUACUAGAGAGCAACUUGCUGCGUGCCUUAGCAUUUGAUUGUGAUUAUAAUGUAAACAUGGGGUAAAAAUAUGAUGUAGAAUUCAAGCAUAUUUAUACAUUUAGUACAGGUA